AGCAACCACUGCAAGCCAAACACAGGAAAGCUCAUAUUCGGAUCUGGAGUUAUAAAAGAUGGGGAAGAAAGUAAAGAAAGAAUCUGAACCACCUCCUAAAGAUGCGUUUGACCCACUGCCUAUUGAGAGUAAGAAUGCAGCGACGGUGGUCCUUAUGCUCGACUCUCCAGAAGAAGAUGUGCUGGCCAAAGCUUGUGAGGCCAUCCACAGAUUUGCAGAGAAAGGAGAUGAGAACAGGAGCUCUCUGCUGGGUUUAGGAGCCGUGGAGCCGCUCACCCGCCUCAUCUCUCACGAAGACAAGACUGUUCGCAGAAAUGCUUUCAUGGCUGUGGGAGUCAUGGCUUCUAACAAUGAUGUUAGAAGACUUAUGAAGAAACUGAAUAUCAUACCAUCCAUCAUUAGCAAAUUAUCACCAGAAGAGGAUGUUGUUGUCCAUGAAUUUGCCACUCUGUGUUUGGCAUCUCUAUCCGUGGACUUCACAUGCAAAGUCCAGAUAUUUGAUCACAAUGGACUGGAACCUCUUCUCCGUCUUCUGUCCAGCCCAGAUCCUGAUGUGAAGAAGAAUUCUGUGGAAUGCAUUUUUAAUCUCGUUCAGGAUCUGCCUAGUCGAGUGGCGGUGCGUGAGUUAAAUGGACUCCCCCCACUGCUGGAGCUGCUGCACUCAGACUUCCCCAUAAUUCAGCAGCUCGCUUUACAAACUCUGGAGAGCAUCACCACAGACGCUGAGACACGCGCAGCCUUCAGAGUAGAGCAGGGGUUCAACAGACUGCUGGAACUCCUCACAACUAAAGAGUUCAGUGACCUUCAUGUGGAUGCUUUGAGGGUCAUCUCCAACUGCCUGGAGGACACUGAGUCCACAAAGCUUAUACAAGGGACAGGGGGGCUGGAAAAACUGCUGCAGUUCAUUAUCACACCCACCUCACCUGAAGUGCAGACAAACGCAGUUAAAGCCAUCUCCAGAGUGGCACAGAGCAGUGAGAACAGAAAGAUCCUACAUGAGCAAGACGUUGAGAAGGCCCUCAUUGACUUGCUUGCGAUGGAGAAUGAGGGCAUACGUACUGCUGUGUGCCAGGCAGUGGCAGUAAUGAGCAGUAACCUGAGCAGCAAGGAUACUUUCAGACAUCUCGAUGGAAUCAGACCCAUUGUGCAGCUGCUGAACAGUGAGGGAAAUGAGGUAAAAGAGGCUGCAGCUCAGGCCCUGUCCAGCCUGACCAACAGCAACCAGCUGAAUGCAUAUGCGGUUUCUGAAGCAAAAGGAGAAGAGCUUCUGGUUCGACUUCUGCAGGACAGCUGUUCUGGGGCAGUGGCGCAUGUGGCGUCAGUCCUGACCAAUAUGGCAUCCCAGGAGGCCCUGCGCUGCAGCAUCAUCACUCACGGUGCCAUGCGGGCACUGUUGGAGCCGCUGCAGUCCACAGACAACCACACGCUCAUCAGCGCCACCCAGGCUGUGGCUACGCUGGCCUGCAACGCAGAGGGAAGAGGCGAGUUGAGAAAUGCUGGAGGCCUGCUGCCGCUAGUCAAACUGCUGAAAUCAAACAACACUGAAAUUCGUCGGAAUGCAUGCUGGGCAGUCAGUGUGUGCGCGAAUGAUGAACCAACUGCUACAGAGAUGUGCAAAUUAGGAGCUUUGGAGAUCCUCCAGGAGAUUAACUGCUCGUUGAACCGCAAGAAUAAGUUUAGUGAGGCAGCGCUGCAGAGACUGCUGGACAGCAACCUUUCAGUAAAAUACAGCCUGACUGGACACUUGUCUCACACUGAUAUCAUUGCUGAUGGCUUCUACGACCCAGGACAGGCCAGAAUGGGUGACAGGGUUCCUGCCCUAGAAGAUAUAGCCAAGCAGGUUAUCAACCAGCAUCGAGCCGUCAUUGCAGUUAAUGGAAAACCUCAGGAUCAGGUGACUGCUGAGUCAGUGGAGGACAGACAGCAGGACAGUCCAACAGAAACCCGCACUUCAUCUGUUCUGAGCAGCAAAGGGAGCAGCAAAACACCAAGUAAAAUGAAAGGUAAAGGCCGGCAGGAGGAUGAGAAACAGAGAGAUGAGGAUGGGUAUAAACCACUGCAGGAUGCUGGAGUGGAAGAGCCGUGGGCUCUGCCGUACGACACUGCCUUUCAGUGCCUAAUCGCAGAGGCAGCUAAAAUGGUCCUGCCCCAAAAUGAAGAAGCUGAGAUAUACACUGCUUUGGCUAAGUUGGUGUGUGAUGCAAUGGGGGGUCCCGUGGAUAUUAAGAAACAGCAUGACUUUCCUUGGCAGCUUCACUUGAGUGAGCUGAAGUUUGAACUCCGGUCUAACAUCAUCCCCAUCGGAAAGAUCAAAAAAGGCACCUACUACCACAGAGCCCUGCUUUUCAAAGCUUUGGCAGACAGGAUAGGAGUGAGCUGUAGCUUGGUGAGAGGGGAAUACUGUCGGGCCUGGAAUGAGGUUCUUCUCAGCAGCCCCCCAAAAAAUGGAUUCUACAUUCAACCCCAGAGUUAUAUUAUAGACCUCAUGCAUCAACCUGGCAACCUCAUGAAGUGCGGCACACCUGCAGCUAUACAAUACCAAACAAUCUGA